UGACGUGGCCCCAAGUCAAUGGCCUUUACCAAAGUCUUCGUCUUUCAUUUCUCUCUCUCCCUCAAACUCUCUCUUUAAGAUGUGUUCGCGUCGCUGCAACGGAACCAUUAGCUUCCUGUCGUGUGAGCUUUUGGUCUUCACCAUUCCACAUGGCUAACAAGCAUACUAUCAUUCUCAUGCAAACUUCUCAGAACAGAGCUACUAGAACAUUUAUGGAUUAUGAAUCGAUAAGUCAAGCUAUGGAUGGUAUAUGCGGACUAUAUGAGAGAAAGCUGAAGGAGUUAAAUCCAGCAAGUAGAAACAUCACUUAUGACAUUGCAGAUCUCUACAAUUUCAUUGAUGGCCUUACAGACAUGAGUGCUCUAGUUUACGACCAUGGGAUUCAAGCAUACUUGCCAUGUGACCGACAGUGGAUUAAACAGCGGACCUUCCAACACCUGAAGAAAUUGGCGCAUUAAGUGAAGUGUGAUGCGGCAACUUUGUUAUCUAAUGACUGCCCAACAAUAUUUCUAGACAUGAAUUACAUAUAAUAGAGGGAAAAAGGCUUGAAGUGUAUAAUUUGAAACAAUGUGGGAUUUACUUCUGAGGUUGUGCUUAGACUGAAAAUUGUAUUCUGUCUCUGCACAUAUGUACAAGUUAUCCGUGCUUCCAUACUAAUUUUCAGGUGGAAAGCUACUACUUAGUUUAGAAAGGUUGGGUUUGUAUUGAAAUAUGCACUGUAAUUUACUGUAUUUUUUGUCUUUUAAAUUUUACUGUUUGUCGUGAGAUGAAUGGAGUUGACGUUUACUAAGAUUAUAUGUAAAUUCACUUUGCAUUUGGUA